UUAGCCUUGCAAAACAGUGGUCCAAAGAAGGAAGCUGUAGUAAAAGGAUACUGCAGAAAGAAAACCCACAUGUGAAGAUGAGCGUCCCAGAUUACAUGCAAUGUGCUGAGGACCACCAGACAGUACUGGUGGUUGUCCAGCCUGUCGGCAUUGUGCCCGAGGACCAGUUCUUCAAGAUUUACAAACGCAUUUCCAGCGUGAGCCAGGUGAGCAUCAGAGACUCGCAGCGCCUCUUGUACAUCCGCUACCGCCACCACUACCUGCCUGAAAACAACGAGUGGGGGGACUUCCAGACGCACCGCAAGGUGGUGGGCCUCAUCUCCAUCACCACUUGCGGCUCGGCCAAGGAAUGGCCCCAAACCUCAGAGCGCUUUCAUGGCCAGAAGGAGGUGUACAGCUCCACGCUGUACGAUUCCCGGUUGCUGGUGUUUGGGCUGAAUGGAGAGAUUUCAGAGCAGCAGCGCACUGAUGUGGCAUUCUAUCCCAACUUUGAAGACUGCAUUGAUGUUGAGAAGAGAGUGGAGGACUUUGUGGAGUCCAUAUUUAUUGUCCUGGAGUCCAAGCGGCUAGACAGAGCAACAGACAAGUCAGGUGACAAGAUCCCUCUGCUCUGCGUGCCCUUUGAGAAGAAAGAUUUUGUGGGUUUGGACACAGAUA